CACCACGAGGCGCACUCGGACGAGGACACGCCGACGUCGGACGACCUGGAGCAGUUCGCCAAGCAGUUCAAGCAGCGGCGGAUAAAGCUGGGAUUUACCCAAGCGGACGUGGGGCUGGCGCUGGGCACCCUGUACGGCAACGUGUUCUCGCAGACCACCAUCUGCCGCUUCGAGGCCCUGCAGCUGAGCUUCAAGAACAUGUGCAAGCUGAAGCCUUUGUUGAACAAGUGGUUGGAGGAGGCGGACUCCUCCUCGGGCAGCCCCACCAGCAUAGACAAGAUCGCGGCGCAGGGCCGCAAGCGGAAAAAGCGCACCUCCAUCGAGGUGAGCGUCAAGGGCGCGCUGGAGAGCCACUUCCUCAAGUGCCCCAAGCCCUCGGCCCAGGAGAUCACCUCGCUGGCGGACAGCCUACAGCUGGAGAAGGAGGUGGUGAGAGUGUGGUUUUGUAACAGGAGACAGAAAGAGAAGCGCAUGACGCCCCCGGGAGGGACGCUGCCGGGCGCCGAGGACGUGUACGGGGCCAGCAGGGACACGCCGCCGCACCACGGGGUGCAGACCCCCGUGCAGUGAACUCGCGGCGGGGGCGCCCGGCCCCUCCUGCUCCUCCUCCUCCUCCUCCUCCUCCUCUCCUCCUCCUCUUCCUCUCCUUCUCCUCUUCAUCCUCCCCCCAACUUUCGAUCGUCCUCCUUAUCUUAUUAUUAUUUUUUUUAAUUUUCUCCCGUCUUUCAGAAAAAAAAAACGCGCAAAAAAAAUUAAGAAAAAAAAUAACAAAACGAAACAAAACAAAAAAAAAUAAGCGAGAGAGAAAGAGAGAGAGAGAGAGAGAGCGAAUCAAAGCAGACAAAGCACCUGCACCGGACUGUCCCUUAGACGGCAGCAGGUGCGGGGCGGUAUUUUGACCUUCCCGUGCGCUGCAGCGCAGUGAGUAUCGCGCCCAGGCCGGCAGGGCAGGGGCGAGCAGGGGGCUCCGCUCCGCGCCGGCCCCAGAUUUGCGCCCUGCCCUGGCCCUGGGGGUGGCGAGGACGAGGGUGGCGGGGUGGGGGUCAUGGGGGGGGGGGGGUGCUGCCACCCCGCGGGCGCCCCGGAGCCCCCCAUCCCCCCUGACACAAAAGGCAGGUGGCAUCGCGGACCGUCGCUCGGGGUUGGCACAUGCUGCUGUGUUUAUUUUCUGUGGAUCCCCUGUAGGAAUGAGUAUGUGAAAAGGAAGAGAAAAGCGAAGCUAUCCCUUUUGAUGUAGGCAGUAUUUAACCGUACCGAUUUGCACUGCAAGGAAAUCGAAGUUUACAUAAACAGAUUCAUUUUGUUUUCUUCCUUUCCCACCUUAGUUUUGAAAAUGACUUGCAUUUUCCACGGUGAGCGUUAGUCGACCAGUGACCGGUCCUCGAUAUGUUACUGUGUUCUAGCCUUUGCUUUAUGUGUAUAUGUGAACUUUUUGUUAUAAACCAGUCUUCUUAAAUAUGUGUAAUGCUUAUUUUCUCCUUUUGCUGCAGCAGGAAGAGCACAUAUAUCUGUAUGUAUGCCUACGUACGCACGCCUGCCCGUACGUACAUGCAGACACAUAUAUGUACAAUAUAUAAUAUAUAAUAUAUAUAUAUCUGCGCACCGCCAGCUUCCUCUCUCCAGGGGCUUGGCUCUCCCAGACGCUGGCUCAGAGGCGGCUUUGGAGAAGGGAGAAGGGAGCCGACAAAGUAAACUUCAUUUUCAGGCAGUGUUGGCGGGGGUCGAGGCGGGGGGGAAGAGCUGCUCGGCCCUCCCAGCUUGUUGCGGCAGGGGCGAGCAGGGCCCAUUGUGGAGGAGCUCCGGGAGGUGAAACCACACAGUUCAUUUCCAGAGCUUUCCCGGAGAAAGUGGCGCUCCCUGGAGAGGGAAAGGGGGGGUCCUUUAGGCCUCCCCCGGUGGCAGGGUGCAGCCAGACCCCCAGACUUGCCCCCGCAAUGAGGGGUUGCGGUGCGGGGCUGGGGGGCCCACGCAGCGUGUCCGGUUCCCACCCGCGUGGGAACACGGCCCAGUCCCCACGGCCCCCUCGCCCGUCCUUUUGCUGCGCUGCCCCUUCGUUAUUUUUCUGUUCAUCCCCAGCCCCCCCUCCACCACCGCCACCUCCUCCGGUCGGUUGCGGAGUAAUUUAUUGGACGAAAGGACCAGUUUAACUCGGGCAGCCUUGUGUCUUUCACUGGGGAAUGAAGUGAAGUGGAAAGAAAUGCCAUUUUCAAUUCGUCUUUCCCCCCACCCACCCCACCCACCCACCCCCCUCCCCGUUAGCAGUUUUAAAGUGCAUUUCGUGGCAUUACCCUGAUGGGAAACGGUUAACUUUCCAGAAAGAAAAAAGAAAAAAGGAAAAAAAAAAAAAAAAGAGAGAGAGAGGGAGAGAGAGAGAGAGGGAAACCCACGGGGAAAACAAAACAAAACAAACAAAACAAAAAGCUCUGAAGAGAAGCAUAGGAGCGGGAACUCGGAGCAGCCUAUGUAUGUGUGCGCGUGUGCCUCUGUGUUUAUGUACUUAUGCACACGCACAGCCAUACAUAUACAUUAGAGGAACUUUAAACUAUGAUAGUUAUAAAUUCAUAAAGGGAUCAUUUAGUCAGCACGAAUGGGUGCUAUAUAGGCAAAACAUUUUUAUAAGCUAAAAGUUUACUUAGGUGAGUGUUGGACAAUUAUGGAGAAAACACAAGGAAGCGUUCUCUUGCAGAGAAUCAUAUAAAUAUUGCAUUCAGUAGCUAAGUCUUUAGACUACGUUUCUCAUUGUCUUUUAAAGCGCCUGUGACAUUUGGUUUUCUUUCUUUCUUUCUUUCUUUCUUUCUUUCUUUCUUUCUUUCUUUCUUUCUUUCUUUCUUUCUUUCUUUUCUUCUUGGUAAGACAGAUGAUGAUUUCUAAGAGGCACAUGCAGUAGCCUUUUUCUUAGUUUUCCAACAAUUGUUACAAAGAUACGGGCACCGAGCUUUUCUCUUUUCCUUUCUUUCUUUUUCUUUUUCUUUUUUUUUUUUUUUUUUUUGGGUGUAUUGAGCUGCUUGUUAUUUAAAGUGUUGAGGACUAGCGCCUAGUGAAGUGAAUCAGAUCAGGGCAGAUCCAGUGGUAAAGGGAGGAAAUGAACUUUCAGACGCUUAUUAAUAUGUGUAUAAGGUCACAAAACGGAGUCUAGAGGAGGUUUGAGAAAAGCCUCAAACUCCAAAUAGGUUUACUAAAAAAGAAAAAAAAAA